AUGCCACAGUUGAGCAAGUGUCAUAAUGCCUACACAAUCAUCAGGCACCUCGAACCUGUGCCCGUCUCGAAUCGGAAGCGGUUCAUGAACGUCAGUCCCGAAACGGAAAUGCUCAUGGCAAAGCAGGCGUAUGAACAAGUGUUGCAACAGUUCCGGCACCGAAUACUGCCUCCAAACCACCCUUACUCGAUAUUUGUGCGGAAGGUCGCACGAAAUCUUAUCAAAGUCUCCGGGCUCGAGGACCUCAAAUGGGAAGUCCACGUCGUUGACGAUCCGCAGAAGAACGCCUUUGUACUUCCUGGAGGCAAGAUCUUCGUGUUUACGGGUUUGCUUCCGAUUGUCGAAGACGAAGCGGGAAUGGCAGCCGUCUUAGGGCAUGAGAUAGCCCACCAAGUAGCCCGUCACAGCGCUGAAAAAUUGUCCUACAUGACCAUCACCACCAUCCUCCAACUCCUCCUCGCCGCCCUGUUCGAUCCCAACAUGGUGUUAACCCGCAUCUUUGUCGAGUUUGGGAUCAACAUGCCUUUCUCGCGGAAGAUGGAGUCCGAGGCGGAUUACAUUGGGUUGCGCUUGAUGGCGCAGGCGUGCUAUGAUCCUAACGCUGCUGUUAGGAUGUGGCAGAGAAUGAAGGAAGUAGUCAACCAUAGUGAGGUGAUGGCGUACCUGGGAACGCAUCCAAGCCCAGGCAAGCGGAUUGAAAACAUAAAGGAGUGGCUGCCUGAGGCCCAGCUCAUCCGCGAAAACUCCGACUGCUACCAGGUGACGUCGUCUUGA